AUGAAAAGCUCUUAUGUUGGUAGUAAUGAAGUAUUUCAAACAUACGUUUCUAAGAGUAUUAUGGAAAGUGAUGAUAAUGCUGCAGUAAAAUGUCUGAUUAUGACAAACUUUUCUGUUGAUAAUAAUGAAGAAUUACAAACAUACUUUUCUAAAAGUGUUGUGGAAACUGAUAAUAAUACCGCAGUAAACUGGAAUGGAAAUCUAAUUACAAGCUUUUAUAUUGAUAGUAAUGAAGAAUUUCAAACGUACGACAUCAUGGAAGGGAACAUUAAUGCCGCAGUAGAACAUAAUAAAAAUCUGAUGACAAACAUUUACAUUGAUAAUAAUGAAGAAUUUCAAAUGUACAGCAUUGUGAAAAAGAAUAAUAAUAUCGCAGUAAAACGUAGUGAAAAUUCAGUGACAAGCUUUUAUGUUGAUAAUAAUGAAGAAUUUCAAACAUACCUUUCAGAAAGUGCUUUGAAAAAUGAUAAUAAUGCUGCAGUAAAACGCUUUUAUGCUGAUAGCUAUGAAGAAUUCCAAACGUAUUUUUCUAAUGGCAUGGAAAAUUAUGAUAAUGCCGCGGUAGAAUAUAACGAUAAUCCUUUUAAUAAUAACUUUGAAGAUGAGAACUUCGUGGAUAACCAAAGCUUUCAUACAGAAUCAUCACAAGAAAGCGUAGAAUCACCAAGUACUACUUAUGAUGAUACUAUUAAUAUUAAAGCUG